UCCUCUCAAUCUUCUUUCCUCUCCCUGUCCCCCUCCUCUCUCUUCUCCCGGCCACCAGAUCUCUCUCCGCCGCCCUUCCUGCCAUAGCUUUCCCGGCCUCGGGUCCACGACGACCAGCGAGCCCCGCCGCUUCUGGAGCGGAAGCAGCUCCUCUCCUCUUCGUGUAGAUCUCAGCAGCUUCUCCUCCCGUUCCCCUCUGGAAAACAGCAGCUCCUCCUCAAGGACGACAGCUGCUGCUGCUCUCAUCCCCCUCCGUACAGUAGCAGCCCCUCAUUGCUUAUAACCUUGGUCGGAGAAUGGUAGGGUGCUCCCCGAAUGAAAUAUCAUCGGCUGAAGCUAUCUUGGUGGGAGCCUUGUCUUCUGGUGUUAAUGCCCCCACGUGGAUUGUGCUCCAGAUAACAUUUCUGCUACUGGCCUUAUGUUUUACUGCAAUGCUCUAUCUAGCAUUUUUCUCAAGUGACUUCGUGAUCGCCGGGCAUGUCCUUUUGCUCGUAACAAUUGGUGCAGUUCUAUUCGUGCUUCUCAACAGGUUUUUGGCAGAAACUGGUUUUGUGCCGGUCGAACAACAGAUGCAGGAGAUGGGUAUCCAUAAACCAGAAUCUACAGAGAAAGAUAAGAGAAACUAACUGCUGGUUGACUUCUGUUUAUUUAUUAGAUAGCUUAAUUUUUUACAUCACGAAACAGAGUGCAUUUACCGCUAUAUGCUCUUCCUUCAGACAUAUAUCUAAUGUAAAGUCCAGGCAGAAACUUAAGAACAUAUGUACAUCCCAAGUGAAAUGGAUUUUGGAAUAUAGAUAGCGCAUUCAAGCAUGGC